CCUAGCUGAGGGAAGUUAUCAGACCGGUGUGGGAAACGAUUUUAACAUCGCAAUCGCACAGCCUACAUUCUCCGUGAUAUUUACUCAGUGCCUAAAUAUCAUUGAGCAAACUUUUUCAGCUAAAUGGAUCAAUCUAGAAAUGGAGCCCGGACAACAGCAGGAGGCGAGACGAUAUUUUUUCGGUAAAAGUGGGAUUCCGGGUGUUGUUAUGUGUGCGGAUGGAACACAUAUAAAAAUUAUUGCUCCACAAAAUGAUAGAGAUCAACACUACAAUCGAAAAGGAUUUUAUAGCUUAAACGCAUUGAUUGUUUGUGAUCACAAGUUGACAGUUCGUUUCGUAAAUGCCAAGUUUAGCGGGGCGAACCAUGAUUCACAUAUAUGGAAUGUGUGUGGAAUAGACAAUUUCUUUGCAGAAAAGAACCAAAACGGAGAAGCUGGCUAUUUUGUUUUAGCAGAUGCAGCAUAUUCGUCUAAGCCAUGGUUGAUUACGCCAAAACGUAAUCCUGCUCCAGGGUCGCCAGAUGCUGAUUACAACACCAAACAUUCGCAGGGCAGAGAAAUUGUGGAACGCACUAUUGGCAUGAUAAAGAACAGAUUCAGGUGCAUAUUAGGAGCACGCCAGUUGCAUUACACGCCAGAAAAAGCAACACAAAUAACUAAUGUGUGUUGUAUUUUACACAACAUGUGCAUUAGUUAUGACUCAGUUGAUGGUGAAUAUUUAGAAUCGUGAAAAUAAAUUGUGAAAAACUAGGUUUUUGCGACGCCACACUGGCCCUUAAUUGCAGGAGGUAUACUUUCUUACCUAUAAACAUAAAAUUAAAGCAUUUGAGCUCGUAUAUGAAAGAUUAGAUAAUUUAGAAAAUAUUGGAAUUCGUCGAGUUCGAGGUAAUGCUAUACAUAAAAUAUGAAUUUUAUUUACAUACACAA